AUGCACGAACGCGCGACCGCGGGUAGACUGUCCGCCUGCGUGCACGGAGGGCGUCGCGUAGCGCGGGAGCGGACACCGGACGGGCGACUGUGGGGACGCGCUCUGCCCCGCUCUCCUCCACGUCUGUUCCGCGCGACGGACUCGGACGAUCUGCGCGCGCGGGGCGCGGGCUUCGGCGCGCCGCCGCUAGGUGGCAGGCGCGCCCGCGCGGGCGGCGGGAAGGGCGGAGCGGCCCCAGCGUUGAUGUCUCCGCCUGGCUGCGCGCCGAGACGCACUUGUAUGGCGUUAUUAAAAGCUUUUGGAGGUCCUUACACAGGCCACGCGCAUUCGCGCCCGGCAGUGGCCAAUCGCCAACUCGCCACAACCGCUCCCUACAGGACGCUCACCUUUCGUGUUGAUGCCGAUCCAGUUCAAGUAGCGAGACAGCUUCUUCGAGAUGUAGGUCUUGCCACGGGCGGGCAGCCCCACCAUGGCGAUGACGUGCGGGCUGUUGACAUAGUUGGCUCGCUCGCCUGCAACAACAAACACACACCGCAUAAUUAG